GGAUAGAGCUCCGAGACGAUAGGCGUGUAUACCAGCGACCAACCGCGUUUCUUCGAGUGUAUGCACCGCGAGGAAAUCUUCACCUUUCAUCUCUCUCAUUUCGAUGUGCGAAUGAACAGACAUUUUGAAAAGUUAGAGGCGUGAAAAUUCGUAUUUUCCACUUUCAUGGGACAAAUUUCGUGUUUUGAAACUUUCAUUUAACUAGUGUAGUGAAAUAAGUAUGGAGUGAUGGUGAAAUGAAGACAAAAUUAGUGCGUGGUCGGUGUAAUGAACCUAGAAUGGACUUUGAUUCCAAGCCCAGUAUUGAUUUUCCAUUUUCUCUCGAUGGUGUAAUUUAUGUGCAAGGCUGAAAACCUUUUCUGGCAUAUGGGAAUAGUGUGGACAGAUUGAUUCAGCAACGUUUCACUUGCAUAUUAAUUGAAGUGAUUCCUAAAAACUCAUAAUCUUGAAAACUUGAAACAACGCAAUUACGAAGGAGAUUGUACAGUGCAAGCAAAGUUGAUUGGUGAUGAUAAGAAGCAUAUGUCAUUCUUCCCUGUUAUCUCGGUUUCCGAAAGUCAUACCUCCUGCAGGUUCUGUAUGUCGAUGCCCUAAUAGAUGUGUUUUCUCUUGUGGUUUGGAUUUUCAUUAAAACUCUCAGCUCAAUAAGUUGCUCUGUUGCUUGUGGGAACAAAAUUGAGAAACAUGAAAAGAGAAAUCUGUUUAAGCAGUAUUGUGAGUUUGUAUCUAUCGAACAGGCAGUGAUGAAUAAAAACAGCUGUGUAUGCAGAAAUAAGUUUGGUGUUUAGCUGCCAUAGUAAACAAACAUGAAAAAGAUUCGAGAAGCUAAUAAUAGUGUCAAGUGAAGAAGAACAGUCGGAUUGUGCUCUAACCGUGCGCUGGGUCUAGCAGCACCCGCCAACUUUAUUGUUGGGUCUGCAAAAGCAGAUGAAAUCAGCAUUAGUGUGUAGAUCAUACAGAGCGUGUCUCUGUUUAUCUAUGAGAAGUUAGUGAAUCAGUGUAUGAAUCAUAUCUGUGUGAGACGUUGCAAUAACAGUGACUAAAAAAAGACAGUGUUAGUGUCGUGUCCAAAAUCAGCAACCGCCCAGCAGCGUCGCUACAGCUCGACUACGGGUAUGCUAUUUAAUGGACACAAGGGGACGUCGAAGUGUCGUCUAUGGCCGAAUCCGUUGGUAAGCAAGUGCUCUCUGCAGUGACGGAGGGGCAUCAUCAACAGCAGCAGCAUCAUCGGCAUCAUCAAACAGGAACCCAAACCGCUGCCUCCACCAGCAACAACAGCAAAACCAGUAGCAAUAGUCGGCGAUCGAAAAGCAAACCCUCGCAAAAGGCUUCUCAUCGCUCCGAAACGCCAAACACGGAUCACUGCAGACAAAGCAGCAGUAGCAAUAGUGGUAGAAAGCGCAAAUACGGCGAGGCAGAAAGGAAAACCAGAGAAAGUGGUAAACAGCAGAACUCGACACCUUCGCCUGUAGCUUUUCGAACACGCUCCCGAACAGUAUCUAAGGAAAUUCCUCUCCCGAAUACCCCGACUACCAACACUAGCAGUAGCAGCAAAACACAACCGACGUCGUCGCCUUCGUUGGACAUCCAGAAACGACACGGCGCUCUCCGGAAGAACAUCCUCACUUUACAUGAUAGUACAAAGUUUGCUGGUAACAGUAAUAGCGUUGCAACAACAUUAACAGUAUCGCCAACUGCAUCGACUCUUUCCUGUUCAUCUUCGCUUUCCUCGCUGUCCUCCCUUCCGUCUGAGGGAGCAGCAACAAAACGAACCAAACAGCCCCAUCCAGAUCCACACGAUUAUUACGGCCCAAGCUCCAGCGGUAGCAGCAGCGGCAGCAGUAGCCGUGGAGGUAGCAGCCUCAGCUCCAUCGCUUCGUCAUCGAGGUCAAUCGAGAAGGCAAAACGGAAAAAGGCAAGUGAUUCAAAGUUGUCGAAAAAGGUUUUCGAUCGAGCCUUCCUGGUAGAUCUUGCAGAAGAGUCACACCAACAACUGAAACGUAAUCGAUCAGAUCGAUCCAGAACAGACCGAUCGACGACAGUAAGUACGGUGGAAGAGGGACGGAAUCUGCGUUCCCAUCACCACUAUCACAUCGACUCGUUAGCAGUAGCAUCGUCGAGUGGCGUAGUACCGAAAAAGCGACAGAAAGUGGGGGACCAACUUCCGGACGGUACGGGCAGCAGCCAUAAAGCCCCGAACCUGGGGGCACGUCUAGCUCGUAGCAGCGGAGGUAGGGAGCCCCAGCAACAUCAGCACCAUCAACACCAACAGUAUCAUUUUAGCAGUGGUCACAUUGGUAGCGCAAGUAGUAGUAGUAGUAGCCAAAACACUCAAGGGCACCUACCUAGCGGCCUGCUAAGACGUAGUUCUCGUGGCAAAAGUUCUCACCAAUCCGCAACAACGGGUUCUUGUGUUAGCUCCAACACCGCCAAUCCCAGUCAAGUCCAGCUGCAGCCACAAUCAUCGCAAUCGUCACGCUCGGGCAGCCAUCGGGGUGGUGGUUCCGGUAGCACUUCGGCCAAUCUACAUUCGGCUGGGAGUUCAUCCGGUGCUACUGCCAAAGGCUCAUCCAAAGGUGUCUCAUCCUACUCGUCGUUAUCGGCGGUUACGGCAUCAAACAAUAACAAUUCCACAUCCCUCGGAUCACUAGCGGCUGGUUACGAUCCAACAGCAGCAGCACCUGGACCAUCUAAUUCAGCAAUGGCCAAUGAUGGCUCCCGUAACAAUAACAACGAUCACUCGCAUCAUCAUCAACCAAGCGGCUCCAGCUCUUCUCACCCAUUCAUCAAAUUGCACAAAACGACUAGCCUUGGAUCGGCUUCGGUCGCAACGUCCGCUCCCAUCGAUGUGAACAUGAUGAACGUGGCCGGUGCUUCCGGUGGUGGCGCUUCGAACUCCGCCAGCUUAGGUGCUGCCGCUGCUGCACCGCAUCCCGAUUCGGAAAGUGACGACAGCGAAGUUGGCAGGCUUCAGGCUCUCCUGGAAGCACGAGGUCUCCCUCCGCAUUUGUUCGGUGCCCUAGGACCCAGAAUGCACCAUCUUCUACAUCGCACCAUGGGCGCUAACAGCAGUUCCAAAGCACAACAGCUUCUUCAGGGAUUGCAGUGUCAAGACGAAAGCCAGCAACUACAAGCAGCAAUCGAGAUGUGCCAAAUGUUGGUUAUGGGCAACGAAGACACCCUGGCGGGAUUCCCAAUCAAACAGGUCGUUCCAGCGUUAAUAACACUUCUGCGAAUGGAACACAAUUUUGAUAUCAUGAACAACGCUUGCCGCGCUCUUGCGUACAUGCUGGAAGCCCUCCCACGAUCGUCUGGAACAGUUGUCGAUGCUAUUCCGGCUUUUCUCGAAAAACUGCAAGUCAUUCAGUGUAUGGACGUUGCUGAACAAAGUCUUACCGCAUUAGAAAUUCUCUCCCGUCGGCACAACAAAAGUAUUUUGCAGGCUAAUGGGGUGUCAGCUUGCCUCACUUAUCUGGAUUUCUUUUCCAUCAACGCGCAACGGGCGGCACUUGCCAUCACAGCCAACUGCUGUCUAAAUCUGCACACGGAAGAAUUCCAUUUCGUCAAAGAGUCGCUUCCGUUGUUGGCACGCCUUCUUGCUCAGCAAGAUAAGAAGAGUGUUGAAAGCAUAUGCACAGCAUUCUACCGUUUAGUGGACAGUUUUCAACAUGAUCCCACUAUACUUCAGGAAAUUGCAAGCAUGGAACUGCUGAAAAACUGCCAGCAAUUGCUGGUAGUUACUCCAUCAGUUCUCAACUCUGGCACAUUUACCAACGUUGUUCGAAUGCUGAGCGUCAUGUGUGCCAAUUGCCCUGAUCUGGCUAUCACCCUACUGAAGAACGACAUCGCAUCAACGCUCCUUUAUUUGCUGACCGGGUCGGCAGAACCAGUAACAUCCGAUGUGGAGCUGGUCCCAAGAUCGCCGUCAGAACUAUAUGAGAUUACGUGUCUGAUUGGGGAAUUAAUGCCUCGUCUUCCGACGGAUGGCAUCUUUGCCGUAGACUCUCUGCUCGAACGAACGCAAGCCAACGUCCAGGAUGCUGUUCAGUGGCAAUGGAAGGACGACCGUGGCGUAUGGCGGCCAUACUCGUCAAUCGACUCUCGGAUGAUCGAAGCAGCGCAUCUGAAUUCUGACGAUGAAAUUAGUUUGAGCACACUGGGUCGAACCUACACGAUAGAUUUCCACUCGAUGCAACAGAUUAACGAGGACACCGGAACAACACGUACUGUACAAAGGAAGAUAAAUCAUGCCCUUCUGGCUCAACAGCAAGGGGCAGUUGUGAUUAAUACUGGUGCAAUAGCAGCUGCUGGAGGGGCAGGUACUUCAAAUGAAACAGGAGAACCUAAUUCCAGUGGCUCGGUUGGGACCGGGUGUGUCAAUCUGGCAACCAGGCCACCGAAUGCAACACGAGAUGCACGGAUAGCAUGCCUCAAGGAAGAGAGGGGUUUGGCUGCCGAAUUUAUAAAGAAUCUUUUCUCUGUGUUGUACGAAGUUUACAGUUCAUCAGCUGGACCUUCGGUACGAUACAAGUGCCUACGCGCGCUUCUUCGGAUGGUCUACUUCGCCAACGGGGAUUUACUACGUGAGGUACUGAAGAAUCAGCUUGUGUCGUCACAUAUUGCCGGUAUGAUGGCUUCAAAUGAUCUCAGAAUUGUGGUCGGCGCAUUGCAGAUGGCGGAGAUUUUGAUGCAGAAGCUUCCGGAAGUCUUUGGGAUGCAUUUCCGCCGGGAGGGCGUAGUUCAUCAGAUCACACAGCUAACAGAUCCAACCAUCCCGAUCUGUGCGGCCCCGUCACCCAAAUCCGGUGCACAAAGUGCCCCCUCGUCGGCUACCAUUCACCCGAAUAAUACAUUCGAUUUUGAUAGUGCCAUUGCCUCAAGUUCAAAGAGCGGUACCCAGGCGAUAGCAAUCGUUGGUGGUGCCGGUCCUCAUGUAAAAAAUCUCAACUCCGCCAUGAUGAUGGCCAGUAAGAUCAGUAUGUCGAUGCCAUCAACCAGCUCGACGCUGCUUCAUUCACCCACUUCAGCUGCUAAUCUACCGGGAACAUCGAGUAGUUUCACGGCGAUCAAUCUAAACACUACCACCAAAGCACUUCACCAUAACCACCACCACCAUCAUCAUCAGCAGAUGUCCACUAGUACGCUUCACCUGGAAUCGCUGGCCACAAAUAUGCAACCGAAUAUCCCAGGGGCGAUAGCAACACCUAACAACGGAAACAUUCUGUUGAACGCAAUCUACAGCCAAUCAAUCCCAAUCAAUCAACAAACUUCUCAUCAUCAUCAAUCGGAGGCUGCAGGGUCCAGCAAACAAACGCACCUUUAUCAGGCACACCAUUUCCCGGAUACAUUCGCCUACAAUGCCGAGCAGGGUAUCCUGACGUCUCCGCUUUCGGUAGCAUCUGGAGCUGGAACUUCUUUGGUGGCCACAACCGUGGUUGCAUCCCAUCACGAUACCCGAUCUCAUAGUCCUGGACAGCUAAAGGUGUCCGACAUUCUUAAGCGCAAGGUACCGCCAAAGCGAAAAUCCCAAAGCAGCUCAAAGUCCAAAUCUCGCCACGAUGAUAAUGCUGCUUCCGGAAGUGGGUCGCACUCUGUCGCUAGUGGAUCGAACGUCGCCGGAUCGUCCGGUUCUUCAACAACAUCGUCGGUCAUGCAGGAACUGAUUAACAAGGCGACAACGCUAGGAUCGUCUUCUGGCAGAAACACGCCGUCGUCCAGUUCCCGAUCACGGUUCUCUGGGGCUUCAUCCAAAACGACAUCCUUCUUGGCUUCACUGAAUCCCGCCCGAUGGGGACGCCAGUCGUCAUCUUCUUCGUCGCACCAUUCAAAUACGUCCUUUGCGAAGGACGGUACGAAUGCACUAGCUAAGAGUCAGUCCAACUCUAAUCUGAUUGCUGCUGGUAAUCGAGAAAAGGCACGUCAGUGGAUCCGCGAACAAGCCAUCACCUUCGUCAAUCGUUACUCGACGGAUGGCGUUGGGGCAACAAGUGGUACGCAACAUCCGGCUUGUUCAAUUCUAUCCCGGUUGACUGCGGCCAUACAGAAGUUAGAUGGCAAUCAAAGCGACUGCUUGUCCGCUCUAAAAGAACUUCGGGAUAUUUUGAUCGAAAGUGACAUAUCUCCCUUCGAAGUGAACCACUCCGGUUUGAUCCGUGCCAUGUUGAGCUACAUGGCCAACGAUGCCAAUCAGCUGGUAGAGCGUGCUGAUCGACUUAGGAUGUUCCUGCACGUAUUUGCCAACCUUCCGUUGGAUGCCAACUUCUCGAGCAAUGUGACGCCGGCCAUCAACAGUGCACCGUUCAGUGCCUUCGUGGCAAAGCUGAAUGGAUGCGUUACGCAGUUGGAGCAGUUCCCAGUAAAGGUGCACGACUUUCCAGCUGGCGUUGGGAGCCGUUCGAAUACAAGUGCUCUUAAAUUCUUCAAUACGCACCAGUUGAAGUGUAACCUUCAACGACACCCCGAGUGUACAAAUCUCCGCCAAUGGAAGGGAGGCACCGUGAAGAUCGAUCCUCUUGCAUUGGUUCAGGCAAUCGAACGGUAUUUGGUAGUACGUGGCUACGGAGGAAUACGGGUUGACAGUGAAGAAGAUUCCGAAGAAGACAUUGACAAUAUUGAUGCGGCUGCGAUGAUUUCGAUGGGUGGACUAAAGCACAAGCUGCAGUUCCUGAUUGGGGAGCACGUUCUGCCGUACAACAUGACGGUGUAUCAAGCAAUCCGCCAGUAUUCGCCACUGGUUAACGAUCAAUCAGAAACCGACACGGACACGGAGACACCUAUUGGAAGCGCCAGUAUAUGGGUACAGCAGCACACUAUAUACUAUCGGCCGGUGGAGGAGGAUUCAAGCAGUGGGUCCAAAGGUGGACAAUCUAGUUCUUCGCGCAAGAAUAGCAAGAACUCCCAAUCCAAAAUUAUGCGGCGAAAGCCGGAAUUCUGGAUCGACGGUAUUGCUCCAUCUAUCGUUUCCUCAUUGGUGCCAUUUUUAUCGUCGAAAUUACCCGAUGUGGUUAGUGUGCAAGACGCUUCGCUCGAUGCCCUUUGCAUGCUACGCAUCAUCAAUGCAUUGAACCGAAAUUGGGCCACACUGUACUUCUCGGUGCCACAGAGUCACAUCAUUCCCCAAAUCGAAUUCAUCCAUUCGAAGAUUGCUGCCAAGGCCAGUCGUCAACUACAGGAUCCGCUGGUCAUCAUGACUGGCAACCUGCCUCAGUGGUUGCAACAGAUUGCAGCGGCUUGUCCAUUCCUAUUUCCCUUCGAAACGCGACAUUUACUAUUCUAUGCGGUUUCAUUUGAUCGGGAUCGAGCUCUGCAAAGACUUCUAGAUACGACACCAGAUCUCAAUUCGGCAGACACCAGUGAACGGGUGACACCACGUCUGGACCGACGUAAGCGUGCCAUUUCUCGCGAAGACAUCCUAAAGCAGGCGGAAUCGAUUAUUCAGGACUUUGGACACUCGAAGGCGCUAUUGGAAAUCCAGUACGAGAAUGAAGUCGGUACCGGCCUAGGUCCAACCCUGGAAUUUUACGCCCUGGUCUCCACCGAGCUGCAACGCUGUGAUCUAGGUUUAUGGAACGACAGUGAUAGCUAUAAGAACAACAACCAACAGUCAAGUUCGAUAGCGGACAACAUUGUGAAAUCGGCGCUGAAUCAGAUCGACGAUGACACUUCCGCCGCAACGACUACGAAUCGGUCAUCCCUGUCGCCGAUGGCCACACGGCAUCAACAUCAGCAGCAACAGCACCAACAACAGGAUAGCGACCACAACGUUAGUGAUGGCAGUUUCGUCAUCAGCAACGACAACUCGUUGAACAUGCUGAUUGAACAGUCGGACAACCUACUACUUAGCAGUAAUCCGCAGCAGGCCGAACUAGAGAACAAUCAUACGCCUCCGCCGGCCACUCAGCAACAUUCGCUGAUCUCACCUGCAUCUGCCGCUGGUGGCAGCAGUGGGACAGUCUCUUACGUUAACGCACCGCACGGGCUGUUCCCGAUCCCUCUCAGCAAAACGGCGAAAACUUCGCAGAUCUCACGCUUGAAGUACAAGUUUAAAUUCUUAGGCAAAUUUAUGGCUAAAGCUGUGAUGGAUAGUAGGAUGUUGGAUCUACCGUACUCGAUACCGUUUUACCGGUGGUUGCUUGCGGAGGAGAACUCAAUUGGUUUGCCCGAUCUGGACCAGGUCGCUCCGGAAGUGCAGGUAACGCUCCUGCGACUGAACGAGAUUGUCAAACAGCGGGAUCUGAUACAAACGGACCCGAGCUUGGAUGCCAUGGAGAAGACUGAAAAGAUCGAUGCACUCGAUUUGGAUGGUUGCCCGAUCGCUGACCUGGGCCUGGACUUCGUCCUACCCGGGCACCCCAACAUUGAGCUACGUCGCGGCGGUCGCGACACAGCCGUUACCAUCCACAAUCUACACCAGUACAUUUCGCUUGUAACCCAUUGGUUCUUGGUCGAGGGCGUAUCGCGACAAUUCGAAGCAUUGCGGGAAGGUUUCGACUCGGUAUUCCCGGUCAACCGUUUGCGAAUGUUCUACCCAGAGGAAUUGGAGAACGUGUUCUGUGGGUCCGGACUGAAUGCGGCGUCGCAUCAACGGUGGGACGUGCGGAUGCUAGCCGAGUGCUGCCGAACGGAUCACGGUUUCACUCAAGAUUCGCAAGCUAUCCAGUACUUCUACGAGAUCCUGAGUACAUACAACCGGGAAGAGCAGCGUCUGUUCCUGCAAUUUGUAACCGGAAGUCCACGGUUGCCAACGGGUGGUUUUAAAUCUCUGACGCCGCCGUUAACGAUCGUGCGAAAAAAGAUGGAUGGCAACCAGGAUCCGGACGAGUAUCUACCAUCGGUAAUGACCUGCGUUAACUAUCUCAAACUGCCGGACUAUUCGAGUCGGGAAAUGAUGCGACAGAAACUGAAGGUGGCCGCCAGUGAGGGCAGCAUGAGUUUCCAUCUGUCCUAAACCGAAGCGCGAAGCUGGAGAAUUCGCUUUCAAAUGCUAGUCGUUGCCGUUUGUUUAAAUCAACGUUGCGUUAUUUUCGGAAUCGGCUCCCGCGGUGCAAACGUAUUGUUUUUAAUUAGUGAUGAUGUAUUUUUGGGAGCAGGCGCUGUGUCGCUACUGCACGGAAAACUACCGAUUAUCUCAACCAAAUAAAUGCUAGUGAAAUGAAGCAAGAAUAUGAAAAGCAGGAGAGCGUGCGUAUGUCGCAUCAUGUGUACAUAGUAGAGAAUGACAGGAGUAAAGGCAGGUUUUUUUUUUGUACUUGUUUUUCAUUAUUUUGGACAUAAAUUGGCUACAUUUGGUUAUUAUUAUUGCAAAAAAAAGUUGGUUCUUGUUUUACAGACUGAAAAGAAAGAACACUUGUGCGGUGGUACAUCUCCUAUACUUAAUCAUUCUUCAAAAUUGGUUUGCUAUAUUGUGUUGAGGUACGACUCGUCAUAGUAACAUCGGAUUUUUUUCGCAUUCAUUCAUGUACAUUCGCAUCAUUUUCCGAAUGAAUCAAGCAUUGAAAAAUGAAAAACAACAGUUUUUUUUCAAAUUUGAUCUUAAUGAAAUAUAAGCAUAAGCGAAUUCGCAAGCCAGUUAAAAAAGGUUUUAUCAAAACAAUUAUAAGUAGAUAUUUAUUGCCGUGAUACAACAACUAUUUAACCUUAAUAUGGAAUGUUGCAGUACAAAUUGAUUUUCGGUGGUGGAAAUGAGAAAAUUAUGGAAGCCAUCUGUUUUUAUAGUUGUAUGCUAGAUGACUUUUUUUAUUUGUUCCGCUUUUUUUUUUGUAGAUGUGGAAAUCAAUUAUCGGAAAAUAAAUAGGAGAUGUACAAAAUCACUUGCUUAAGUCCCACCGGUAUAAAAUGUCAGUUUUCAAUUGUGUAAUCUUGUUAAUUUAUCUAUAGGCUAAAAGGCCUAGUUUUGUUUGCAGAAAAAACACAACAAUCAAGGCUGUUUUAAUUUUUGUUUUAAUUUAGUUCAAAUAAGUUUUCUUUUGAUUUACAUUAAAAGCUUACGUUCCCUAAUUUCAUUUAUUAACAAGUAGUUCCAUUACUUUCAGUGCAAUGUACAGGUUGUAGGCGUAAGCAUACUAAUGGUAAUCUACUAUCCCUGUCUCCUUUAAUUUGAUCCUGUUAAUAGAACAAAACAAAUCUAACAGUCAUACUUUGCCAGCUAGCUAACUUGAACAUACACGUUAACAUUUCAAACAUAAAUUAUGAUAACGCAAAUCGAUCACAUAAUUGUGAAGGAACAUUAUUGUAUGUAGGGUUUUGUUAGUUCGGCUCGUGUUCUGUGACUCGAAUCAGUACGAGAUUCUACAAUUGUUUGUAUCCGUAUAGAAAAGAAACAUUAAUGGUGAGAAAUAAGUUUUGUGAGCCAAAAAAAAAAUGUUUGUUUGAAUGAGUGCGCGAUUGAGAAAUAGCAAUGCUCGCGAGCUGUGUGAAAAGAGAAACACAUAUUAUAGGGUGAAAUAUGGAUAAACAUACUGUGGAAUAAGGAGAAUAAAUAAUCAAAUAAACUGAAAAUAAGAAAA